AUGAGUGACAAUAACAAUAAAGAUAAUCAUAUACGGUUUGAAAGACUGAACCAAGUAUGCAAAAGAGCCCUUGAAGAGUCCAUGAAGGCACUAUCAGAUGAUAACUUGAAAAUGUGUUAUCCGAUACUGGCAGGUUCAAAAGAAGGAAAAGACACGAUUAGUGCAGUGAAGGACCAACUGAAAGAAUCAUGGUCACAAAAUUCACAGAAAGAAUUUGAUGCUAUUUUCAAAGAAAGAGAUAUUGAAGAAAAAUUAAACCAAUUGGAUGAUUUGAUAAUACAAGCUCAAGAACGCCAAAAAUCUGGAGAUAAAAAACAACUAAUGGAUGAUCAAAUAACGCCUGUGAAUGUCGUUUCAAGUCAUUUAAUACCUGUGAAGGAAGUAAAACUAAAGAAUUUAGAAAAACAACUUGGUGAUUUGAAGUCCAGCAAUGAAAAUAUACUCAAAGAAUUGAAUAAUCUAUCAAAAGAAGCUACAGAAAUAAGGCUAGAUGUAUCAAAUAAAUUCCAAAACCUGGAGAAAUUCAAUGAUCUUGCCAAAGAUUCGGAUCUCAGUGAACGAUUGAAAAGACUAAUCGAACAGUUAUCUACAGAAGAGAAUGAACAAAUCAUAUAA